AUGGCUGAUGUCGAGAAGGGCAAGAAGAUUUUUGUUCCGAAGGGUGCCCAGUGCCAUACUGUGGAAAUGGGAGGCAGCCACAAGACUGGGCCAAAUCUCCAUGGUCUGUUUGGACGAAAGACAGGUCAGCCUCCUGGAUUCUCUUACACAGAUGCCAACAAGAACAAAGGCAUCACCUGGGGAGAGGAGACCCUGAUGGAGUAUUUGGAGAAUCCCAAGAAGUCCAUCCCUGGAACAAAAAUGAUCUUCGCUGGCAUUAAGAAGAGGAGACAAAGGGCAGGCUUGAUAGCUUAUCUCAAACAAGCUACUAAUGAGUAA